AUUGGACGCGUAGGUUUCGUAAAACAAGAGUAAUGUUUGCGUUGUAAGCAGGAGAUUUCUUUGGUCAGUGACUGUAUUGGUAAUGCUUUUAAAGGUCAACAACUUAGCGAUAACUGCACAGCAUGGCAACAGACUUACAGUCCCUGUACACACAUGUGGUGACACCGACAGGGGAGAAACUUUUCAACUGCGUACAGUGUGGACGUAAAUUCGUCAAGUAUCAUUACUUUGUUUGCCACGUAGAAACGCACGCCAAGGAGAAAACCCACCAGUGUAAAAUAUGUGACGAAAGGUUUGCACAUAAGUAUCUUCUAGAGCACCAUCUGAGAGCUCAUGCAGGAGAUAAAGCGAAAAAGAGUCGGUGCUUGCUGUGUGCGAAGAGAUUCACCGACAAGUGGUCAUUAGAGAGACACUUAAGAACUCAUACUGGUGAAAAACCAUUCCAAUGUAAAGAAUGCGGGAAAAAGUUUUCAUGCAACUCCUCACUCGUUUCUCAUAUCAGAAUACAUGGAGGAGAAAGACCUUACCGGUGUGAUGAGUGCGGGACGUCGUUCGCGUUAAAGGGAUACCUAGACAAACAUUUGAAAACGCACUUAGACGUGAAACUCUUCAUAUGUGAAUUAUGUGGAAAUAGAUUCGUUCAGCAAGCGUACUUGCAUACACAUAUGAAAGUCCACUCAGAAAUGAAAUAUCAAUGCGAACAGUGUGAUAGGAAGUUUUCCCGAAAAGAUACGUUGUUUCAACAUAUCAAAUUGCAUACCGGUGAAAGACAAUUUAAAUGCAUACAUUGUGACCGUGAUUAUGUACGGCAGAGGGAUUUGGACUGGCAUGUCAAAAGAAAACAUGAUAAUUCAGCAUCAGCCAUUGAAACGACUACACUACCUCAUUCACUGCCUGAAAAUUAGGGCUGGUAACCUAUUACGUAUGGAAAAGAUAAUUGAUUUUUGAAAAAUUGCUAGUGAACAUAAUUGGAGGAAAGACUAUAAAUAAAUAGAUGAAUGAA